AUGAACAACAGGAAAGACCUGGCGACCAUGAGGGCCUUCGACAUGGCCUUUGUCAUUGGUCAGAAGUCCAACGAGGGUUACGACUACUACGACUUCUUUGAGCAAGUCUAUGAGAGGCUGAAGACGCACCCUUUUCACAGCAAACUUACAUCAGAAAAAGAGGUUAGCCCUUACUCUGCCUACUUGCACGAUGCAGUCCUGCUUUACGCCAUGGGACUGAAGGAAGUCCUCAAAGAUGGCAAAGACCCCCAUGACGGCAGUGAACUGCUCCAGAGACUGAAGAACAAGAACAACAUCCACUUCUAUGGAGCCUCUGGACUGGUCCACUUUGAUGAGGAGGGUGAGAGGAACUUGGACUACUCCAUUUUUGAUCUGCAGCAUACUGAUGACAGCACCACAUUUGUGCCCAUCCUUCAUUUUGACAGCCACACCAAAUCUAUCAGACCAACCCCAAAGUUUGUAUCUGUGAUCUGGCCAAAGGGAAAGCCUCCGACUGAUAACCCUGACUGUGGCUUUGACAACAAGCUUUGUCAAUGGCUCUCCAAUGAUAUAUCCCUGGUGAUCUUGCUGGUGGUGUCCCCUCUCAUCGGCGUGUCAGCCCUGGUCUUCAUUGGCCUCCUUAUGCUGCAGAAGUUCCGGCUGCAGACCAGGCUGGACGGCUCCUGCUGGUGUAUCAUCAACUACAAUGAGAUCACUAUUAUCAAAGAGCCUAAAGGAGUGCCGGCCCUAUCUAUGAGCACGACAGCCAGUAAGACUGGAAGUAGAGGCUCCUAUCAGACCAUCCUCUCCUCCACUAGCUACGGACUGAGAGACAAUGCGGGGAAAGAGCACAUCUACUCCACUAUAGGUCUUUUUCAGGGAAAUCAAGUGGCCAUCAAAUACAUGCAGAAUCAAUCUGUCAGCGAUAUCAGGAAGCCGUCCAUCAUCGCAGAGUUCAACAUGGUAAAAGAGAUGAAGCAUGAAAACUUGGUGCAGUUCUUUGGGGUUUGCAUUGACCCUCCAAAGGUCUGUAUGGUCAUGCAGUACUGCAAGAAAGGCAGCCUGAAGGAUGUUCUGAAAUGCACUGACAUUGAGCUGGAUUGGAUGUUUAAACUGUCCUUUGCAUACGAUAUUGUUAAUGGGAUGGAGUACAUCCACAAGAGUAGCCUGAAGUCCCAUGGCAACUUGAAACCCAGCACGUGUCUGGUGGACAGCAGACUUCAGGUCAAACUCUCUGGCUUUGGACUGUGGGAGUUCAAAUACGGCACUAAACACAAAGUCAUCCCUCUGGAAAAUCCCAAAUUUGAAGAGAUGUACUGGACGGCUCCAGAACUUCUGAGGCAAGACCAGCUCACGUUCAAUGGCACACCCAAGGGGGACAUCUACAGCUUUGCAAUGAUUAUGCGUGAGCUGAUCUAUAGCUCAGAGGUGGGUCCAUACAACGAUAUCCAGCUGGAGCCAAAAGAGAUUAUCAAGCAAUUGCGGGUCCCUCUCUUAGGGGAGCCCCUCAGGCCGACUGUGUGCCCCCAGAUGUGCAACGAGGGGCUGGUCGACCUUCUCAAGGCCUGCUGGAGUGAGAACCCUGACUACAGACCCCCUUUUGGCUCCAUCAGAAUAAAGCUGAAGGAGACCAGCCCAGAAAGUCAUGCGAAUAUCCUUGACAACAUGGUGAACAAGUUGGAGAGCUAUGCUAACCACCUGGAGGAGGUGGUUGAAGAGAGAACCAAACAGCUUACAGUAGAGAAGACCCGGUCGGACAAGCUUCUCUCCAGUAUGUUACCAAGGUACAUAGCGGACCAUCUGAUGGCUGGGAAGUCGGUGGAGCCUCAGGGUUAUGACAUGGUGACAAUCUUUUUCUCGGACAUCGUUGGCUUCACCACCAUGUGCUCCAUUAGCUCCGCCCUGGAGGUGGUCACCGUCCUCAAUGACCUCUACAGUCUCUUUGAUGAGAUCAUCAAGCUCUACGAUGUCUACAAGGUGGAGACUAUAGGGGAUGCGUACAUGGUAGCUAGUGGGCUACCCAUCAGUAAUGGCAUGAACCACGCAUCUGAGAUUUCUACAAUGGCUCUUCACUUCCUGUGUGCCAUCAAGCUCUUCAAGAUUCGUCACUUGCCCAAUCAGAGCUUGUCUCUCCGCAUCGGGAUCAACUCAGGUCCAGUGGUUGCUGGAGUGGUGGGCACAACCAUGCCUCGCUACUGUCUGUUUGGUGACACAGUGAACACUGCUUCCAGGAUGGAGAGCAACAGCCUGCCCCUGAAAAUCCACAUAUCCCAGAGCACAGCUGAGAUCCUCACUCAGAUAGGCUCCUUUGAGCUGGAGGAGAGAGGAGACAUUGAGAUAAAGGGAAAGGGCUGUCAGAAGACCUUCUGGCUGUUGGGUAAAGAAGGCUUCAACCCUCCUCUACCAGUCCACACCUCUCCCCCAGCUUCAUGUCUCAAACCACCAACUGAGGUCAAACCAGCAACAUCCAAAGACCAAGAGAGCAAAGCGAGGGGAAGAGGACAGAGAACUCUGACCACUUUCACAUGACCAAGGCACGCACGCUGACUGCAGGGAGAGGAUGACCUACAGGCGAACUCAGGCCACACUGAAAGUCUUUCUUUUUUUUGCCAACAUGGUUGUUAAUGGCAGCUAUUUUUCUAGUAAUGAUCUUGUUUAGUACAUUAAUACAAAGAUGAAUUAGUCAUCACAUUACUGGUUUCUGGAUUUGUUCACAUGAAAACGGGUCAUUUCUUAGCAGAAUAAUUUAUUUGCAGAAAGGGCAUUUUACAUGUUUUGUUGUCACAUGCCUUUGUUAUACGAGGUUUGAAUGGAAUGUAGUUACACGUAAAUGAAUGUAUGUGGAGAUGUGUACUUUUUGUCAACAAGGUUAGAAUUAAUUUAAUAUAUAAAAUAGACUAAUGGGGAACAAUUAUUGUACUUUUUAUUAUUUUGAAACAGGAUACUUGUACUGCAGGUUACAUUAAACAUUUAUAUUGUUAGAAUUGUAAAAGUAUGUACUGAUAACUAGAAGCGAUGAGAACAUGGGUGGAUGUUCUGUAAUGUCACUGUGAAUGUACUGCACAGUUUGUAAAGCUUAAUACAGUAUGGAAUGUGUACGUACACUCCCUGAGACCUGAUGAGCAUGUGUGCAUGUAUGUUUCUUUGUUUCCACGUGUGAUAGCACUUAAAUACACUACCGGUCAAAAGUUUUAGAACACCUACU